UUAGCUCAUGCUGGUUUGCGGCACCUUCCGUCCGUGGAACCAGUGAAGCCAGGCUUCCCAAGCGGGCGUGUCUCCUCCAGCGAAAUCACUCAUUGGAACAGCUGACCCAGCAUGGCAACAAUCGUUCCUCAGUGUUUAAACAAACAACUGAUUGUGUCGCUCCGCGGAUGUGGGCGCGGCUGACCCUGCGGAUGUGGAGAAGCGAAAGCGAAACCUAAACAAGGAGCUAAACUGGGUCUGGUGAAUCUGGGUCUGAGGACGACGACGCGGGAGAACCAUGUCUGCAGUCAGAAAGAAACUGGAGGACGCCUUGAGGUGCUACGUCACAGACAUUCUCACCGACAUCCAGACGGUCAGAGAUUUCUGUGAGAAGUUCUCCAAAUGGAUGCUGUGGAGGGAAACUGAGCUGGAAAUGAUAAGAGACAUCAAAGACAGGGCAGACAAAGUCAGCAACUGUGCCACAUCAGAGGGAAAAGGUCAAGCCUUUAAGAGAUAUGUGAAGAAUAUGUUCACCCAGACGGGCAAACUGUAUUCAGAGCUGCAGAAGGAGCUGGAGGAAGUGCUGAUGGACACUCUUGGAGGUUUGGAGACACUCCAGUGCUUCCUGGACGCCAUAGAGAAGCUGGCGGUCAGCUCUGUGCACGUGUUCAUGGAGAACCAGCUGAUCCAGCUUCCUGAAAACAUCGGCUUUGAUUACGUUCAGGUCGUCAUCAACACUGCAAAACUCAUCUGCCCUCUCCUGCUGGAGUUUAAAAGAGAUGCAAGCGUUUUCUUCCUUCCCAAAAUGCAAAACGCUGAGGUGCUGGCAUAUCAGCUGGACAGGUACAUCCAGACCACAAAGAAGAUGUGUGAGAAGAUGGAGAAAAGCUGUCUGAAUGAUGGCUGCCUGACGGAGACAGAAGUUGUGGUGAAGCUGGAUGUGGAUUUGUCUGAAUUUAACAUGCAGAGGAUGCUGGACCACAUCAACCAGCUUAAAGACAUACGGAUGGACCUGGACUUCCGGAUGGUGUUCUUGUUCCAGGAAGAAUCUGGUUCCAGCUUCAUGAAGGAGUUUAGUGAGCGUCAGCCCAGGAUGCUGCAGUUUCUUAAGGAGCUGGAGGAAAAUGCUGUUCAGCUGGACAGAAUGAACAAAGGUGCAAAGAUCUCCAGUGUUGCUGGCAGCUCGGUGGGGGCAGUUGGAGGUGUGCUGUCCAUCGUUGGUUUUGCGUUGAUGCCUUUUACAUUAGGAGUGUCCGUAGCACUCGCCGUGGCAGGCAUAGGGAUGGGCGUCACCAGUGGAGUCAACAGCAUCGUCACCACGGCCACUGAGUUGGGGGUCAACCGGACGCACCAGAAGAAAGCCAGUGAAAUCUUCCAGAGCUUCAUGGAGGAUGUGACCAAACUACAGGACUGUUUGGAGGAGGUGAGCAACAGAGAAAUCUCCAAACUGGAACAUAGUAGCGUAGAUUUAGCUGUGGGAGUAAAAAAACUGGCUUUCAAAGCUGGAGGUGUCUGUAAAAACAUUGAUGGAAUUGUUGAUUUAGCUUCUGCAGCGAAGCUGUUAAAAAGUGAGGAGCUGGUUUCAAGUGCAAGUAAAGCGGUGGCUCAGGAAGCAAGGGCUCUCCGUAGCAUUUCCAGAGUGGCUUCAGACGUCCCUGACAUCGGUCAGGCAGCUGUUAAAAGCUCUCUGGGUAUGUCCAAGUCGGCCAGAGCCGGCUUAAUCGCGGUCAACGCCCUCUUCCUCGGCAUGGACCUCUUCUUCAUCUGUAAAGACAGCAUCAGCCUGGCCAAAGGCAGCGAGACGGAGGUGUCACAAUUUAUCAGAGCCAGAGCUGCUCUGUGGAGCUCAGAGAUGGACUCCUGGAAGAAAAUCCACGACUCGCUGUGUGACGGCCAGCAGACAUCAGGGAAGAAGGAAGCUCUUCUGGAGACGCCAUUUUACCUCAACAAUGAGGUUCUGCCUAACUAAGAGGAGGACUAAAUAAAAGAUCAUGUGUCAUCAAUCAAUCAAAUAAGUUAAAAAAAAGUCCAGAAAAUGGAACAUUUGAUAAAUAAAUUUAAUUGGUUUUAAAUUGGUUCACAUUGUAUUUUUUUGAUUCUUGAUUAGAUGAGGAAAAAGUAAGAUAAGAAUAUUUUCUUUGGUUGUAGAUCUGGGAUCACUGCACUGCAAAUGGUGAAAAAGAUCUUCUGUAAAAGUUUCAUUUUAAUCUUCAUUCUAAUAUCAACCUAAACCUUUAAAAAAAUAGUUUUUAUCUAUCUUGGAAAAUGUAAUUUAGAUUGAGCUAUAGUAGGUUUAUUUAACUAUAACAUAAAAAGGUCAAGUGGAUCACAGCAGACAACAUACACUUGAUGACAGCAAAUAAUGAUCAACCAUCAUUCCAGUCCAAUGUGUGGAAACACUUUCAAUUUAGUAAAGUCAUGUGACCAUACAGUGUGCUAGAAUGUUCUAAUUAUGUUCACUUUGUUUUAUUUGGAUGUGGAAAAAAAAGAGUGGGCUGAACUUAAGGAAACUAAAAUGUGAAUGGAUUUGCCAAUAAUUCUUGUUUACUUGUUUGUUUGUACACAUAUUUAAUUGAUUAUCUUGCAAGGAAUGUGGAAACCUUCCCCUGGUCUGUUCAGUUCCAGGGAUUUAUCUCUGAGUCACAAUGGUUUAAGUUUUGGGUAAAGAUGUCCUGGGUCCAUUGUAGGUCAGUGAAUCGGAUCAAAUAAACCAAUAUCAUCUAUGAAUCAGAUUGUCAAGUAAUGGUAUGAAUCAUUGCACCCCUAAAUUUGACUGAUUCAUCCCAGUUUCCUGUUGUUUUAACCUUUACUUUUCAUUGAAUUUCCAAUCAUUAAGCUGAUUCUGUUUGGUUUGUUCUCAAUAAAACAGUGUGUUGAUGACUGAUAACAAUUGUGUUAUGCCAAAUUAUUGUAUGCUGAGAUUGCCUUUUUGCACCCUCCUUUUGCCGUCUAGGCUGAGCUGUAAAUGAAUGAAUGUAAAUUAUAACUGAAUUAAAGAUUGAGCAUGUUUUCAAAAGUCAA